ACCUCCUUUAGCCACGACUGUCGUUUGCAUUUAUCUUUGAAAUCUAGAUCAUUUCGUUUAAAGUCAUUCGCACAAGGAAUGGGAUGAUAACGAUAUAAGGAAAUUUCAUAGCGUUGUAUAGUGUUACCACAUCCACUAGCAAGCAUGGCGACAGAGAACCUGGCUGCGGUGCUGCACGGUCCGCUCGACGUCCGCUUUCAGCAACUUCCGAUCCCAGACCUCGCACCUGACGAUGUGCUUAUCACGAUGGGGUCUGUCGGAAUAUGUGGGUCUGACUUGAAGUAUUGGCAGACGGGCAAGUGUGGGCGGUUCUCCCUGGAUGCCCCCAUGGUCAUGGGCCACGAGGGGGCCGGUACCGUUCUCAGGCUGGGGUCCAGGGUGAAAGACCUCAAAAUAGGUGACAGUGUGGCGGUGGAGCCGGGUGUCCCGUGCCGCGUGUGCCGGCUCUGUAAGUCAGGCCGCUACAACCUGUGCAAGGACGUUACCUUCUGCGCCACCCCACCCGACCAUGGCAACCUGUGCCGUCUCUACAAACAUCCGGCAGACUUCUGCUUCAAACUUCCUCCACACGUUAGCCUAGACGAGGGUGCUCUGCUGGAGCCGUUAGCGGUGGCCGUCUACAGCUGUCAGCGGGGAGGCGUCACCGCCGGUUCAAACGUCCUCGUCUGCGGAGCAGGUCCGGUGGGGGUUUUGACGAUGUUGGUUGCAAAACGUAUGGGAGCAGCCCAAGUGAUUGCUACUGACAUUUCCGACCACCGUCUGGCUCAAGCCAUGUCACUGGGUGCUGACCACGUAAUCAAGGUCAACACCGAUGACCCCAGAGAAUUAGCCAAUGACAUCGCGGAGACGCUUGGAGAGCAGCCUGACGUCAGUGUUGAGUGCAGUGGCGUCGACUUCAGCUUUCGGACAGCUAUACACGCGACGUAUCCAGGGGGCAGUAUAGUGAUGGUUGGGCGGGGCUCGUAUGACGUCACCAUCCCCUACACCGUGGCCGCCACCAAGGAGGUUGACAUCAAGGGCAUUUUCAGAUACGCAAACAAUUACCCAGCAGCCCUCGACUUCGUGUCCAGCGGGUCAGUUGACGUUCGCUCGCUCAUUUCCCACCACUUCAGUCUAAAGGAGACAGUCCAGGCCUUCCAGACCGCUCGAGACCCGGACGCCCACGCCAUGAAGGUCAUCAUACACUGUGAUCAGUAACAUGACAUCAUAGUGGUGUACUCAUUAUGACCAUUGCCAUAAUAUCAAAGUGGCGUCAAUGUGAUCUUAAACGUUAAUCAAUGUUAAAGACCACCAUAUUUUCCCAAUGUUUUGUGGUAAUUUAAAUAUUGUUUGAGUAUCAUUAAAAUACUUGCAUUUUAUUCAUACAUGUAUUUGUGCUAUUUCCAUGUAACGAUGAUAUCCUUGUUUAUUAAUCUAGUACAGAAAAAAGGAGUCAAGGAACAAUCAACCACGAUGCUGGUACAUACAUUAAUUUUAUUCAAUAAAUAGCAAACACAGAUUUUACUACCUACAUGGACGGAAUGUUAAGAAAUAAUUUUUGUUGUCUAUUUGACACUUCUGUCGGCAAACAUAACAAGGUAUGAGUAGCAUAAAACUGGCCCAUAUCUAACUGUUGUCUAUGUUGUACUUGUAAUACAUUACAAAAAACACAGUAAUAAAUCCUUGUUUAUGA